AUGUGUGCUACAGACGAGGAGAGAAACAAGUGAAAUCAAGAGGAGAAUGUAUAUGUGUAUUUAAGGGCUUGUGUAAAAAUGAAAUGGAGUUAAAAGUGUAGAAGUGUGUCUACCUUGCCAUACAUUGCCCAGAUCCAUAAACGUGAAGAAUUUUUCGUUUUAAAAGGAUUCAAAAGGAUACAAUUAACAAGGAAGUUUCAUUUCUUCGAAAUUUCCAAUUAACAGCAGAAUUAUUUUCUGUCUGAAUUAAAAAAAUACUGAACAUCAUUCACGAUGUCAGAAUCUAAGUGUCGGGCCUGUGGGUCCACUGAGAUAGAAACAGAUCCAGCGAGAGGAGACGCAGUAUGUACACAAUGUGGUGUUGUUUUGGAAGAUCAGUUAAUUGUCAGCGAAACUGCCUUCGAAGAAUCACCAUCUGGAAAUAUGACUCUUCUCGGGCAAUUUGUUGCAAGCGACAGCACCGGUGGUCCUUACCAUUUUGGCGGUGCAUUUCCAAUGAGUGGCAAGGAAUCUAGAGAAAUUACUAUUCAAAACGCGAAAAGGGGAAUCACUCAUUUGUGUAAUCAAUUAUCAUUAGCUCAUCUUCAUAUUGAGACAUCAAUGAAUUUUUAUAAAAUGGCUCUUGCUCGUAAUUUAACACGAGGAAGAAAGCAACAACUUAAUCACGCCGCUUGUGUUUACAUGACAUGCAGAACCAAUGGGACACCCCAUCUGCUAAUCGAUAUCAGUGACAUUCUGCAAAUCUGUGUUCACGAAUUGGGACGAACUUAUCUGAAAUUUGCUCAUGCCUUAUGUAUUCAAAUGCCGGCAGUGGAUCCAAUUUUAUAUGUAUUGAGAUUUGCAAACAAAUUGGAAUUUGGAGAUAAAACACAUGACGUUCAAAUGACUGCUAGCCGAUUGCUUCAGAGAAUGAAGAAGGACAGUAUUCAUAGUGGUCGACGACCUUCUGGAGUUUGUGGUGCAGCUCUUUUGAUAGCAGCAAGAUUACACGAAUUUAACAGAUCCCCUGCAGAUAUUGUGAGAAUCGUUAAAGUACACGAAUCGACCUUACGCAAAAGAUUAAUAGAAUUUGGCGAAACUCCAUCUAGUGCUUUAACUUUAGAUGAAUUUAUGAAUGUUGAUUUGGAAGAGGAGCAAGAUCCACCUUCUUUUAAAAUGGCACGAAAAAGAGAUAAGGAAAGAUUACAAAAGUUGGAUAAUUUUGAGCAAGAAUUAGACGAUUUGCAAAAGGCAAUUUUGCAACAAUUAGAUAAAAGAACGACUAAAAAUGUGAAACAUAGCUUCGUUGCUGAAGAAACUGAUGCAGACAAAUUUAUUCGCGAGAGUAAUAUCGAUGUUAUUCGAGAUUGUAUUUCUGAUGAAGCUGAAAUAUCAGCAUUAGAAGAACAAGAAGAAAUAACUGGAUUAGGUCCAGAUAUUGCAUCCAUGAAUCUUUCUACUUCUUUAUAUGGAAAUGAAAAUGCUGUUAAAGAGAAACGUUGCAUGCCAUUUGAAAAUAUUUCUGGUGAAUUAGAUUUGACUGGUUUGGAUGAUGAUGAAAUUGAUUCUUACAUAAUGUCCGAAAAAGAAGCUCAAGGUAAAAAUAAUCUAUGGAACAACGUUAACGCCAAAUAUUUAGAAGCUCAGAAAGAAAAAGAAGAGAAGCGUCAAAAGGAAAAAGAAGAAGGAAAACCAGAGAAGAAAAGAAGAAGAACGACUAGUAGAAAAAAGAAUAAUCAAACACCAGCCAAUAGUGCAGGUGAAGCUAUUGAAAAAAUGUUACAAGAAAAACGUAUAUCGUCGAAAAUUAAUUAUGAAGUAUUAAAAAGCUUAGAUGUAGGAUUAAAUGAUUCGAAUCAACGGAAUCAACCUCCAGAAUCGCCAUUCUUAUCACCGUUAAAAAUCGACAGAUUUAAUUAUUCUUCUUCCAUUGUUAAACCAAAACAAAAAUUAAAUCUCGACGUGAAACCAAAUUUUCAAAUUCACAAGGAAAAUGUUACAAAAAAGAGGAAGAUUUCACAAUCGGAUACACUCGAAACUCCAGAAGAACAUGCAGAACCUGAGAAUAAUAUAUCAGAUCUUGUAGACGAAGCAGAUGACUAUGUUGACGAUGAUAUCGAGGAACAAGAUCAAUCAGAAAUGGGAAUGAAAGCUUUAUUAGGGGGUAACGAAGAAGGCGACGAAGAUGAUUAUUAUGAUUACGAUGAAGAAGAAUAUUAAAAAAAAGAAAAUUAUUUCGAUUCUUUGUUUGAAUGUGUAUAAAUGAGAGUUGAAUUUAUUUAAUAUGAGAAUGAUGAGAAUGACUGUUAAACUUGGCGUCAUAGGGUACCUUUGUAAAGUUUUACUUUGUCUAUUUUUUAAGAUUGUUUACAAUUUUCCACACUCGCAUUGCAUUCAUUAUUUUUAAAUAUUCUCAUUUUACUACAUUAUUGUCAUUUAAAAUGUACAUUUUUUAAUAUAAUUUAUUUGAAAAUAUAAAUAUUAUCUCUGAAUUUUAAAGAUAAUUUUGUAAAUAAUUACAUAAUACAAAAAUAUUUUGAGUAUUUUAAUUUUUAAUAUUUUUUUAAUUAAAAUAAUUACUGUUAUAAAAUUUAAUAUAUUUAAUAAUGCAAUGCGAGAUGUGAAAACCAAAGUAUAGAGAGAAAGAGAGAGAAGAAAACGAGUAGAUUGUAUACAUUUUUUGUGAUAGUCGAAAUUUUUUACAAGUAUAUAAGUCCGAGCGAUACAAGACUGAUUACAUACACACAAUUCUCGCAGCAUGUAUACUUGUUUUAUUUUAAAAAACAAUUGGUAUCGCCUUUAACUUAUAAGAUUUUGUUAAUUAUUCAUUUAAAUCACAAAUUUUAUUUUUCAUAGAAAAAAAACUCUGUAUAUUUAGUAGCCACGAUUUGAAAUAUUAAGUUUGUUAAUAUUUUGUCAUGAUAUUAACAAAAAUAUAGUCACAAUUAAAAAACAAAAGAAAACAUCAAUGUUUUCAUAUAGUUUACGUAAAAAAACUACUUAAUUUAUUUUGCAUAAUAUGUUAAUUAUUCUAUUAUUAUUGCAUUUCAUGUUAAAUGUGCCAGAAAUUGUUUUUUUUACUAUAUUAUAUAGUAAUUUUCUUCUACGUGCGCAUGAUUCAUUGUUACUCGUGUUAACAUUAUUAUUAUUAGCUUAAUAGUGAGUAACUUUGACCUAAACUGCCACUCCAUUUCGAAUUAACUAUAUAUAAUAAGGUUAUAUACUGUAAGAAUACUUAAUUAUAAAUUUCCGCACUCUAUGGGCAGUCGAAUGAAACAUUUAAAAUUGAAAUUGUCAAUAAAAAUAAUAAAACAAGAAAAAAUCAGGUGCAAAUGAA